AUGGGCAGUGGUGAUGGCGACGGAAGCGUUGCUGCUGCGGAGGGUGCUGGUUCCGGUGAGACUCUAGGUGCCGGUGGUGCCGAUGCCGCCAAUGUUGGUGGUGGUGGUGCCGGUACUGCUGUCCACCCUGCCGCUGCUGCCCUGCAAGCACUCGCCCUCGCGUCGCUGCCGCCACCCUUGGUUGUGCCGUCUAUCGCAGCACCGCUGGUAUCGGAGGCAGCAGCAGCGCUGGCAUCGCUGACAGCAGUAUCUGCAGAAUCAGUGGCAUCAUCAGAAUCCCCAACCUCCCAAUCCCCACCCUCACAAUCCCUGCCCGCCCAGUCCCAGCUCUCACAGUCCCCGCCCUCUCAGUCUCAGCCGUCUGUGCUGCCGUCCUUCCUCUCACCAGCGUCGCUACCAGCCCCCGCAGCAGCAUUGCCAGGAGAAGCAGCAGCAGGCACAUCGUCAGGAGGACUACCAUCAACAGCAUCAGCAUCGGCAUCGCAAGCACAAUGCGCAUCCCCCUCAUCUACCUCGUCCUCAUCCCCCGGAGGGGCUCUCUACAUUCCCAUGACCGCCAUAAGCGGGUGGGCGGACCCUCAACCUCCACCCAUCACCCCAUUGGCCAAUUCCAGCCUGGCUGCUGACGUCAUUGCGGACGUGGCAGGAGACGUGGCUAGAAUUGGGGGAAUUCCCAGCGAGCCCCUGCUGGGCGCGCCGUGGAGCCCCGACGGCAGAAAGUACCUUCUGGCGCUUUGCUCCACUGGCGGGAGACAAGUGCCACGAUGCUCUUGUCCACCUGCUCCCUUGCUUCGCAAGCGCCCCUCCCAUGCACCCCUGCGCCCCUCCUCCCAUGCGCCCCUCUAUGCGCCCCUCCAUGCGCCCCUGUGUGCCUGCCACCCCACCCAGAUGUCCAACCAUCUCUUCUGUCUGCGGGAGUUCGCGCUGAUGGCAGGCGCUCUCAACCGAACGCUCGUGGUGCCCAUGGGGCCACACGAGCUGACCCUGCCGCUCUCCCUCGUGUUCGACGUGCCCUUCCUGCGUGCCUGCUAUGGUCCCAUGACUGCCCUCACCCUCGACGAGUACAAGCAGUUCGUGAGUCAUCCGUGCUGCCGUGCCGCUGUCAUGCCCCAUGCCCUCGUGUGUGCCGUGGGCAGGGGCAGCAUGGAAGUGACCCACGUGCUGUGCCUCGUCAAGGGCUGCCACCUCGUGCCUGACGCUGGUGAGUGGGGCGCACAGAGGGGAGAAUGGCAGCAGGUGGGGGGGAAAGGGCUGCACUGGGGGGCCAGGGCUGCAGUGGGGGGCAGGCUGCACGGGGGGAACAGGGCUGCACCGGUAGAGAUUAGCACCUUCUCUCCUUCCCUCCCCCUCCCCCCUGCGCCGCCACCCAUUUGCAGCAGCAUCGCUGGCGUUCUGAGACCAGCACCAGUGGGGCAGUUUGUGGCGAGCAAGGGGCGCAUCAGCCUGGCGAAUUUCAAGGCGAGCAAGGGGCGCAUCAGCCUGGCAAACGUGACAGUGCCGGCAGUGGAGCAGUGGGCGUGGUCUGGCCUGCCGGACAAGCACUCGCUGCAAGGUGCUGUGUGUGUGGGGCUGUUCUACGGUGCUGUGUGUGUGGGGCUGGUCUACGCGUUCCUCAAGGUGUACAGCCGAGUGCCGAACGGUGUGCUGAUGAUUGGCGAGUUCAAGAAGCAACCCAUCACGGAUUCAAUCUUCUUUCGAAUGCUCUCCCCAAUGGACCUGCCGUUCCUGCUGCCACCACCACCGGGCAAGCAGAGGGGGAGGGCCAAGCCUGCCAAGGUGGUGCCACGAGAAACGUGCCUCGUGUCUCCAGCCAUCCGGCCGCCUGAGCCACUGAUAGCAGCAGCGCGGCACAUAGUGCAGCUCAAUCUGCUCAACGGCCAGUUCCUGGCAGUGCAAUUCAGGAGGGGCGACUUUAAGGACUACUGCCAGAAGAAGCAACAAUCGGACGGCUGUUUCCUCCCAGUGGACCAGGCAGCACAGUGCAUGCGUGCUGCAGCCCUGACAGCACGUGUCCCCCUCGUCUUCCUCGCCACCAACGCGCGGCCGCACGAGGUAGCAGCCAUUGCAGCUACGCUCCUUGAGGCGCCUCAAGAAAAGUCACUGGAGGUCGCAGCUACGGCUGCUGCGGCUGAUACUGCUGCUGCUGUGGCUGCUGCUGCUGCUGCUACAGCGGCUGCUGCAGUGGAGCAGGAACAGCCAUCUAGAAAGGCACUUGAGAGAAGACUGUUGAGUCGACUUGCAGAUGAGCAUGAGAGCCGAGGUCAGCAAGAGGAGAUGCCACUGCCAGCCGAAGCACCGCACUUACUGCAGGGGGUUGCACAGCCGACUGGGCCCGAUUCUCAGCUGUUGGAUCCACGACCUCAGCGAUUGAUGCCCGCGAUCGCCCGGCGCUUGCUGCCUGGUGUUUCAAGCGGAUUUGAGGCUUCACUGCAUGAUGAGCAGCCUGCCAACACCAGCAGCGGUCCUGACGCUGUAGAUGGCAGCAGCAGUGCAGUGCAGCUUGUAACGCUAGCGCAUCUGCUCUCUAAAGAGGACAGCAGCAUGUGGCUUCAACCGCUUAUGGAAAAUGGCAUCAAUAUCAAGACUGCCCCGCAAGCCGACACCACUCUCGAGAAGCUGGUGUGUGCGCUGCCUGCUGGCUUUCUGGGCACAGCCCACUCCUCGUUCACCAAGAGCUAUCUCCCCCCUCUAUUCAACAUCAUGUUGCCUUGCUCCCUCCACCAGGGCAUCAAUAUCAAGACCACCCCGCAAGCAGUCGCCACGCUGGAGAAGCUGAUGUGUGCGCUGGGUGCUGGCUUUCUGGGCACAGCCCACUCCACCUUCACGAAUGACAUUGUGCGGCUGAGACACGGGUUCCGCACUGCGAGGUGCAGCGAUGACUAUAUCUGCAGUGCCGGGCCGAAAGAGGGGUAG